AUGGCGAACAAGUCGCUUUUCUUCGUCACCUUUACUUUGCUGUUUUGGACAAUCAGAUGCAGUUACUCUACUAACACGACCGAUCUCUACAUCGGGGGAUUUUUUGGUGUCAAUAUUAAAAAAGGCGCUUGGAGUUCAGCCGCCCUUAUUCCAAUCUUAGAAAUGGCACUGGAGCACGUGAAUAACGACCCACGCAUUUUAGUGGGCUAUCAGCUGAAAUAUGUGUGGAACGAUUCCAAGGUAUGUAGGGAUAAAAAAGGGACAAAAGUUCGAAUGUAAAAUAUUUACAAUCUGGUAAAAUUUGGUAUAGACUUAGUUACCCGUUGAAAAUUCAAAAACACUUGGCCAUAUUAUCUCUAUGUUAUGUCCAGGAGUUUAACAUUGUGAAAGCUGAAUAAUAAGUUGUGUAGAGCUCAAAAGAAACAUACACAAUUUAGACUAAAACCGCGGAAAAUCGGAGACUGUUUUUUUUUCAAUUUGAUUAUUUGCUCAUUAAUUUUUGUUCAACAAAAAGUGCUUGCCAGUCGUAAAAUAGCAGUAAAAACGUUUUUCUCAUGAAAAUUGCGGAAACAAACCUCUCGAAGGGUUCGAAAUCUUUCAACCUUAAGAAGAACCAAGAAGUAGACACUUGUUGCGAUACGGCACCAAUUUUUAAUCUCACAUUUAACGAUUAGCGUAAUUUUCGUAGUGUGAGAGUGGAUCAGGCAUAAGAGCAAUGCUGCGAAUGAUUGACACUCCUCCACACAAGAUUGUUUUCCUGGGUCCCGGAUGUUCUGUAGCAACAGUACCUGUUGCAGAAGCCGCCCCUUAUUGGCAGGCAGUGCAGGUAAAUAGUAGUAAUGUGUUUUUUUUCGUUGGCUAAUACAACCCGUAGAAAAAUUUCCCUUCAUUUACCAUUAUUUAACUUGGGAAGAAAGAGAAAUACAGUUCACGCCUCCAAAAUAUUCACUAAAUAACUACUCAACUUCAUUAAAUUUUUCAAUACAUAUAGAUUUAAUUCUAUAUCAACCUUUCUUCGUAAAUGGAAGAAAGGUGAUUAAAUAAAAUAGGAUCUAGAGUUGUAUUGAGGAUGUGCAUUAGCAAACCAGAAAUUAUUUUAAAUUUGUUUUUUUCUCAGAUUGGGUACAGCACGUCAUCGCCACAAUUUUCAGACAAGGAGAAGUUUCCUUUGUACUUUAGAACGAGCACCUCUGAAACAAUGGAAAACCCGUCUAGAGUUGCACUUUUAAGACAUUUUAAGUGGAAAAAAGUCGGCCUCAUAGUACAAAACUUGGAUAUUUACGUACUGGUGAGACAUAUGUAGUACCAAUAUUUCUUUAACUCUUUAAUGGACGUUAAUACGUAGCCAUUUCACAAUUUGCAAAUAGCUUUAAAUAACUAAUCCUUCCUUACAACCCACCUAUUCAUGUUUGCUUAUGUUACUGGUACUUUACGUUACGUGUUGCAAAAUCACAAUCAAGACAGUUAUCACACAAUAACCCCCUUUUUUGCGUGUUCUUCGGUUAUUUCCUUCGAAUUUAAGCAAAAUUUCACAUUUGCCCUGGGAGCUUAACUUCUCGGCCAAAUUUACAUUUUUCAGACAGUCUCUCAGCCACGGAUAUUAUCAGCUGACGUACCAAGUGCCCGAAGGGCUUUAUUCACCAAAUGUACAGAAUGAUAAGAACUACUUAUCGAUUUUCUUUGUUAAAAUUAUUCAUUGGUGGUUAUUUUCAUUACUUAACAGACCAAAGAGGCACUUCUUCCAAUGUUGGAGGAAUCAAACAUUACCAUAAUCGCAGCAGAGAGCUUCAAAAAUGAUCCAUCUUCAGCAGUCAAGUAUUUACUCAAGGUAAAAUAGAACCGAAAUUGUCACGGUUCACGCAGAGCUCAAAGAGCAUCUCUCCUUUAAGAAAGGGUUGACGUCGAGGGGUGGAAGGUUGAUAUCGCAACAACAAAAGAGAAUCCUGUGUCGCAUUGUAGGCGAGUUCAGCUAUUGUGCUUGCUCUCGCCAUGAUAAUGAAUCUAAUCUCCCACUCAUUAGUUGAAUUCAUGUUGAGUUUAGGAGAGAGAUGCGAGAAUCAUAAUUGGUCUGAUGUACGAGGACAUGUUCAGGAAAGCUAUGUGCACGGUAAGUUACAAACACUAAAUUAAAUAAUUUUCCUUGCUUUUAUCACUUUAAAACGCCUCACGUGUUCUUUUGAAAUAUUUUGAGUAGAAAGCCCUAAAUAGGCGCGAAAAUCAAAAUAAAAAAGGCACCUGACUUAGAUUUCAAAACUUCUACCUUAAAUGAAUCCGUCGCAUAACGUACGUUUCACUUUUUCAGCGGUAACAUCAUUGCCUUUGCUCUGCAGGGGACAUCAAAAGAUUCUUUUCGAAUGCUUUUAUUUCAUGAUUUAUUUUUAAAAUUUCCAAGGCCUACAAGGAAGAAGUAUAUGGCAGAAAAUACGUGUGGAUCAUAGUUGGCUGGUACAACGAGGACUGGUGGACAAAAACAGACGUGGAAUGCGAAGGGGAACAGAUGUUAGAGGCUGCGGGUAGUUUGAUAGAAACUCUACCCUUAUCUAUUAGUGCUUCACAAGAACCCACAAUAUCAAACAGGGUAUGUUGGUUGGAAAUGCUUUUGAGUCACAACCACUUAUUUUUUUUAUUUUUUUUAACAGCUUUAUUGACCAUUACACAUGUUACAUACAGCAAAUUAAACAGCCAAGAAAAAAAAAUGAAAUAUAUGUGCAAAGUGAUUUAAAGUGAUAAGGUCAAAAGGGAAGGUGCGAACGGGACGCAAGGACCCAUGCAAGGCACCUCCCAUGGUACAAAUAAUAAUUAAAACACGAUCGACCAAAAGACGCCAAAUUUAAAAGACGCUAAAAAACUAGGGAUGGCAGGGGCAGGAUCGUACAAUUGACCAGGUACAGGGAUAGGAUAUGUCAAAGUGAUUGUGCAAAAGGUGAAAAAUGUGCUCAGUAACAAAGUUGCGGAAGGAAGCAGUAGUUGAAAAACUGGUAGGGGUGAAAAUUUACAGAUAUAGUUCCAGAGCUUAACAAUACGAUUAAAGUAAGAGGCCUGAAAAGUGCUAGUUUUACAUACAGGAGUUUUAAGAUUAUAAGAAUUACUUAGUCUGGUUCGGCCGUGAGAAACAGGAGAAACAAAAUCAUAAACAUUGAGAUCAGUAAAACCUUUCCGACAUUUGUAAAAAAAAAAAAAGAUCUUUGAGUUCGCGGUCAAAUGUCAGAGGAAGAGGUUUCAAAGUUAAAAGUCUGUCUCUGUAUGACAUCAUGCCUACACGUUGUUUGAGGAUCCACCUUGUGGCCCUCCUUUGAACCCUUUCAAUUUGAGUUUUUAAUGCACUUAAUGAUAGAUAGGAAGCUAACAGCCAAAACUUCAUUAAAUCAGAUAGCAAUAUUAUUGAAAAAAAUGAGUUAAGCGUUUUUGCAAUUUUUUUUUGAGAAAAAUCAGACCAUUACUAUAACUGCUUUCGAUGUACUUUCCACCAAGUGACGACGUAAACAAAACAAGAACUCCUUAAUUUAUUCAUAAAUAUCAAAGAGAAUUAUACAAAGCCUAAAAAAUGAACCUAUAGACCUCAGGGUAAAAACAAUAUCGUUGAAGUUAUCGUCAAAGCGUUUUAAGCAGAGGCUAAUUGUAAGUACUUUCCCUUUAUGAUGUGUCCCGGCAAAACUGUCUAAGCUUAUCAGAGAAAAUCCUAAACUAGAUAGAAAUAAGAGAUGUCGUAAGUUUUGAGCUCGAUAAAGAAAUGAAGAAAGAUGUUUUUCGUCUUUUCACGAGCGUGGAACAGAGAACAAACCGAGCUCAAAACUUACCAUCUCUCUUAUUUCUAUCUACAAACAUUACGCUAUCGACAUUGCUAAUCCUAGCAGUAUGCAGGACGCGUGUCAUAUGAACUUUGUAAUAGACCUCGCUCACCGUGGAGUCUCUGUGGCUCAGUGGUAGAGCAUCGGAGCGCGGAAUGCGAAGGUCUGAGGUUCGAUUCCUCAUGGGGACUCAGAAUUUUUUCUUUGUUCCACGCUCGUGAUAAGACGAAGAACAUCUUUCUUCGAUCUUAAACUAUCCAAAGGUUUGUAUCUGAGAAAAAAAAGUUUCAAAUUUCUUUUGCUUCUUUCAGACUGCUGCUGAACUGAAAACAGAUUACGAGGACAGACUUAAAAAGCUUAACUUCACUUACAACAUGUAUGCAGCCUUUACGUAUGACGCCGCUUGGAGUAUUGCCCUUAUGUUGAAUAAGUCCAUUCCUCUGCUUCGAGAAAAGAACAAAACCUUGGAAACGCUGAAAUAUGGCGAUAAAGAAGCAGCUGAGAUCAUGAGAGAUCUUCUGUUCCGUACAGACUUCUGGGGAAUGUCGGUGCGUACUCUAAGUCCUGCUAUCGCUUUAUUCCAUAAACUAUGUUGUUAACAUUUAAUAAUAACCGUAUGAGAUUGAGGAAAAUGUAGCGAUUGGCCAUAAAAAAAAUGGCAUUCUCAGCUAACCAAAGUAAAAAGAAUUACGAAUGCACGAUCACUGUUUAUAGAUCAUGCGUAGGGCUCUCGACCGAUGAGGCAGAAGAAAAAGAUUUACAAAGAACCAUAAACGUAGAUAUUCAAACGGAGUCUGAGUUUUUACGUCUGUGUUGCACUCUUAUUCCUUCUCAAUAUUCCCGGUGGAAUCUGGAUUUUCGUGAAGGGGUUUCGAGAAAAUCUCUAGCCGGAGUAAACAAGUUGUGCCUACUCUCAUUCCCAUUUAGGAGUUUAGUUCCUUAUAAAUGAAAAUUAAUAGGUUUUUAGGAAAUUUGCCCAAGGACGAUUUGCAUGGAAAACAUCUCACAACCAGUCUUCUAAACUUCAGAAUUUAGUGAGUAGGGAGAAAGGAAAUCAUUAUCAAAUAGUUAAGCAUUACAAUGCAAAAGCUUCCACAAUUCUGGCAGGGCCGAUUUGCAUUACAUUACACCUUUCCAGGGUCAUGUGACGUUCGACCGAAAGUAUGACAGAGAGACGGUGGUGCAAAUUUCUCAAAAUAUACGUAAGUUGGAAAAAAAUGAUGGUUAAUCUACAGCAUAAUUAAUUCAACUAAUAAGGACAUUUUCAUUGAAAUAACCUGAGGUUAAACUUUAAAUCGGACUGGCGUAUUUCCAACUAGCUUUUUCAACUCAGACAUUGAUUGGGUCAUGAUUACUUGAGGUCUCAAAGCGAUAUGAUAUGCUGAUCCCUAAAUUGUGACCUUCUUUUUUUUUAGUCGCCGUCGUUAAAAAUUGAAAUUGAAUUUCUCUUCCCUAAGAAGCCUGUUGGCGGUCGUGAUACGCCAAGCUUUAGAAAGCUCUGGACUACGAGAGAAGAGCUCAUGAUGACGUCGUGAGCUGAAAAUUUACUCAAAGCCUCGUUUAUUUCACAUUUUUUCGAAUGCUUGCCUUAUAGCUCACCCGAUUACAACUUUCAUUUGGAUACUCUUUCGGUCUCAGUGUUUUGGGUGAACUCAUGAAUAAAUGGAACUAUUUUUCACCUUGAAAGAAAGACAUGUAGGCAUAUUUGGGUAUUUUAAUGGGAACAUGCGUUGCGUUUAUUACAAACAUUGCCAAAGUUAGACCUUUAAUUUCUAGAUGUUCGAUUUUCAGCUGUAGGCCCUCCUUUCUUGCCCGUAGCAAGGUGACGCAGCCGUUGAGCCCGUUCUCCUUGCCAAGUCGUUGGAGGACACAGACUACAGCCUCUCAAAACGCUCGUUAACGUAGCCACGAAUGAGUGCUACAGCGUAUUUGGAAAUUUCUCGCUUAACUUCAGCGCGCGAUAGGGUUGAUAAGGAAAAAUAAGACUAUAAAGUGGGAUAAAUACUAAUAAUAUCUAUGUGAUGCACAGGGGGAAAAAGGAAAAGUGUUGCCAUGUUGGAUAUCCGUAACGGAUCAUUAAUUCUCCUUAACGACAGUUUUGAAUGGGAAGGUAAGUUUACCAAGGAACUAACAGGUGUAGCUUGACUAUCUAAGAAAAUUCAGUCACGAAACCUGUCGAUAGACGGUCUUAACAGAUCUGGUACAAGUGGCCAUUUAAUAAGCGCCAAAUGUCAAAAGGAGCAUAUUAUUUCGUUUCCAAAUGUACUCGCUCUAUUCGGGAGGUUUUCAAAUUGACGGAAUAGACUUCUUUCUCCAACUUCUCUCGAUAACUGCGCCUUGAUAGGUAAAUCCUUUUUCAUCCAACAGAAGACUGGUCUGCCACAUAGCAUAAAAUUAGCAUUAGCUGAUGGUCAGCCUUAUAAGAUGAGAAUAGCGAUAAGCCUUGUGUAUACAUAUUCAUCAGUUUUAGUUAAAAAUUAUGAUCAGAUUCCUCCAUGGGAAAGAAAAACCCUCAAAAAUGUGCCCCAGUCCCAACGUGUGGCUUCGUAACUCAGUUGGUUAAAGCGUCCAGCCUCAGCACGGGUCGGAAAUCCGUCCGGGCCUGAACUUUUUCAGGUCUCUUUCCUGUAAUUGCUUAAAUUGCAGCUCAGUUACGAGUAUCAUUGCUUGACUUGAUUAUAUACAUGUUUUUUUUUUGUUCAAAGGCGGCCGAAUACCAGGAGAUGGUGUCACAGUUAUCCAAAAAGUGUUCCAAGAAAGACCCGGGACAACAGUGACCUUUUACGUGUUGGCUUGUGCUGGAAUACUGUUCUGUUUGCUUUGUUUACUACUUAACUUCGUUUAUCGAAAGCAUAGGUACUAAUGGAAACACGGUAUUCUUUGUUAUUAUUUUUUGUUUGCUUUGAUAGUAUCCUUGGCAUUAUGAGUCAUGUUCUUAAAACGUUAUCUGUUGUUGGUUAUCUUUGUCAGGUUCAUAAAAAUGUCAUCUCCAAAGUUCAACAAUAUCACUGUCGUUGGAUGUCUAUUGUCAUAUACUGAAGUGUUUUUAUCAGCUUACAGUAACUCUUCAUCGGCAGAAUACAAUACCUCACUAUGCUACGUAAGAAUACUUCGGUUUUCUUUGUUUUAAAACUUAUCAAUGCUCAUUAACAAUUCUUAAAGAGCCUUGUGCUUUUCACUGUCUAGAUGUUUAAGGGUAAGCAGUAAAAGGUAAAGUCUGAAAAUGGUACCGAGUUUGUUGCAGUUACUUCGCAAUAAAACAUUCUAAAACUCCUUAAUCGAUAGUCUGAGAAGAGUUUUACCGCAAAACAAAAGUUACAUUGGAAGCUUAACUUCCUCUCCGAAUUCACAUCAAUUUUGAAACCUAAUCCAGGAAGCGAUACUGUAACAAAAUAUGACCAUGUCCAGCUUUUCAUUUUGCACUCCAUCAUUUCCAUUAUGGAAAUUUAUACAUUCUGUUUCGGGCAAAAAUGGCUUUAACCGGUAAAAAUUAAUAUACCACGUCAUAAUUCAUUUCUUUGAUAGUUCUAAAAAUGUUCUUUUACAUGUACGUCGCCUUCGAUUUCUACUUUCGAUUUUCACAUUUAAUCAAUGAGAUGAACCUUACUUGAUCGUCUCUGUUUAGAUAAAUGCUUGGCUACUCUCUACUGGUUUCACCCUGGCAUUUGGGGGAAUCUUUGUCAAGACUUGGAGAGUUUACAAAAUAUUUACAAACAACCAGAUGAAAAGAGAGGUAAGUAAAAAUUGCACAUUUGAAAUGUAGCGAGCAAUUUAUAUCUCACCAUUUUCUAUUCCGUCUAACCAGUUUCGCCCCAUCCAUUUUCUCAGCAGCAAUUCUGAUAUCCACUUGGGCCCUGCUAUGAAAGAAUAGCUAACCUAUCUCCUCAAUUUUGUAAUUAAUAAACAAGGAAAACCUAAUUAACAGCAAGAAAAGCAAUUGUAAUGCUGAUUGUGAAGAUGAGAGAUCUUAAGGGAGGAACUUUGACCAGGUGGAUGGCCUUUGGAUUGCCAUUUGCGUUUCAAUAUCGAAUAACUGAUAAUAGGUGAAGAGAAGAGGCACUUGAAAUGUCACAUCCAAAGUGAAUCACAGAGCUCCGGUUUGUUCGCUUCAUGAGAACCUCACUUAAAUGUAGAACGCCUAGUUAAGUCACAUUUUCAAUGUUAUUGGUCAUUUUUUUUUCAAUCUUAUCUUCUCUACAGCUUGGAAAGCUUAGUAACAUCAGUCUUUUCUUGAGGUUAUGUGCUUGUUGGUUUAUAGACGUUAUAAUUUUGUCAACUUGGGCAGCUAUUGAUCCACUUACGAAACAACUCAAGAUGAUCGACGAGGAGGUAGAUACGUAAUUUUUGCAUUUAUCUUUCUGUCUAUCUCUUUCACAAGAGCAUUUUUUUUCUCUUGAUCGCUCGUGGAAAGGGCUCUGGUCCAUUUAUUAAUCUAAAGCUUCUACACUUUCUUCCACAGGCUGAAGAUAAUGACGAUGAUGUUACGGAGGAGCUGCUGAUUCAUCAAUGCACUUCUAAGCAUUACGUGACGUGGAUGAUGUCGAUCUGCGGAUUCAAAGGGAUUCUAUUGAUUUUUGGUGUUUUCCUGGCCUGGGAGACAAGAAAUGUUACCUAUCCUUCACUGAACGACUCCAAGAACAUCGGUUUAGCAGUCUACAAUGUAUUCAUGUUUUCGUGCUUAGCUAUUGUGACUGAAUUCGUGGUGACCUAUCCACCUCUUCAAAUUUUGGUUGUAAGAUGUAUCGUCUUCGUUGGGACCACGUCGACAAUUUCUUUGUUAUUUGUUCCAAAAGUAAGAGUUUGACUUAUUUUUUUACAAUCCUAUUCUCAGUUUGCUUUAUCGUAAAUUAAGUCUCAGAGUUAAAUCUCUUAUCAUAAUGAAUCGAUUUUAUUUGUGAGAUGUUGUCUGGGAGAUAGAGGGGUUAGCGAACUGUUCAAGAAAAGUGCAUGAAAACAUCUUCAUCUACAUCAAAAAGAACGAUAAAUGGUCUUGACUACAUCCUGCAAGGAGGAAUAUGCUCCAAUCUUCAGGCGAGGUGGAAUCAUGCUCGAAAUUAUCCUCACUGUUGAUGCUCUAAAGGGGCAUUUUGAAUGUAACCCAGGGUGCCUUGAAACAAUUAAAUCCAAGGUAUGACGAAAAUUAAAAGUGAUACCAAAUCGAUUUGCAGUGACUUGAAACUAUUUUGUUUGUUGGGUGUCCAGUGAAAGAUUUUGUGUUCUUUUACGGACUGUAAAAUGACAUCUGGCGAUUUUGUAUAGGAUGUUUUGCAAACACCAUCGGCAUUCUGAAAAUCAAACCCACUAGAGAAUUGGGACUGAACAAAGAACGGAUAUAAGACUGAAAAUAUGUUAAAACGAUAGACAGGCUCUUAUCAUGCGAUUAAAUUGUCGUUGUUGUUGUUUUAUGUUUUCACAGAUUCUACGCUUAGGGAAAAAAAUCAGAUAGAUUCAAUGUCUGUCACAGAACCAAGCCGGAGUGAGUUUGAAACACGCGGGGCGACUAAUUCUGAAAUGCGAAUAGAGACGUACAAGAGCAAAAGCUAGAUCUCGCGCUAGAUCUCCUAAAGGACUCCUAAAGAUCUCCGACGAAGGGAAAUCAUCAGUGGAUGGUUAAAGUGCAAUUUUCAUGAGCCAAACUUGAAAACUUAAAUUAAGUAUAUAAAAUGUUCGACGUCUAAAUGGAUCAAGAACGGUUUCUUCAUUCAGGAAUGGUUCGACAGCUCUUCCCGCCUCACUUGUGUCGAACCAAAUUAAAAAAUCAAUCUACACUAUUUGAAAGAAGUUCUCCAGGAUCAAUAACGAGAACAGCUGCGCCGACCGAUCAAAUUCGACGCUUGAAUCAGCAAGUCAAAGCACUUCUUUUCGAGCUUGAGUUGGUCCAAAUUCGAAUAACCUUCGUCUCAUGAAAAGUUCGGCAUCCGAACUGAAUGUCAUCGAGCAAGGCUGAGGAUAAUUUGAAAAUAUUUAACAGUUAUCUUCGUGUAGUAAGAACAACUGCUCAGACAUCACCUCUUCUCAGCUGAAGAUAAGACAUACGAAACGAAGUUGAUAAGCAAUUUCGAUGUUGAUGGUAGAGUUUCAAAUGAGCUCUUUCAUGAAAAUAAUCGGGAUCUUUCAAUUUUAAAGCAGGAAAAAUUUCGAGAGCCGCUACCAGACAUCACUCCGUCUCUACAUCUGACUCUACCCACACUGAUGCAUUCCUUUUUGCCUAGGGCUGAUUUUUCAGUAAUUCUCACCAUCUCAAUUUUUUAAUUCUGUACAAGAAUUUUCCUAAAUGUAUAAUUUGUAUGCACUGUGCAAAUUUUACGAUAACAACAUCAUCUUCAACAAAAUCAUAUAAAAAUAUACAUAAAAAUCAAUAAACAUAUAACAAUUUUUAUUAUUAAACUCUUAUUCUAUUAAAAGGCAAUUACAUCUGAAAGGAUGCACGAAGAUCACCGCUUGUAGAAAAAAAGAUGACAUGCAGCUGAUUCCACGGCGCAUGCACGCAGCAAUGAGCUAAAUUUGAACAGGAUCCUUUAACACAACAAACGUGACUGUUGGGAAAUCCUUAUUGGUAGCCUCACAACUAAGGUUUUUUGUGACAUCCAAUAUCGUAUCCUACAGUUAAUCGGAAUAAUCAUUGGAACUUUAUAGAUUACAAAUUGCAAAUGCAAAUAGAGAUAUUUCCCCCAUGAACGGCCGCAGCUGCUUCUUUAUUUUGUAUCGACAAUCAUCUAUUCUAUCACUUGUUUUUUUUUUUCAGGCUGAUACUUUUGCUUUUACUUCAGUUUUUAAGAAAUAGUUGCUUUGUGAAUGAAGAGAACUUACUGAUUCUAUAACUAACCCUAGUUGAUUUAAACUGCCACUAAGAUACGUUUUUUUGCUGUAAUCGAAUUUCUCGUUCAUAAUUCAGCUAGUAUGCUUUUCAUAUUAAUCUCAAUUCAAGACCAAUUUAACUUGACAACUGAAUAUAAUGACUUUAUGCCGGGCCAUGUGACGGCAGAUAGCUGAGCUAUAUUACAAGUAAUUUAUCGACUAACCAAUAGAUAUGAAAUUGACACUUGAAGCUUUACUUACCACGUCUUGACUUCUUUUAAUUAAAAACGUUCGGAUGAAAUUAAUUGACCAAUCUAAAGGCGACAGUCAGGAGGAACUCAAGAAGAAUUUAAAAAGUUUGAUUGACAAUCUGUCCUGCCUGUUGGACACGUCAAAUUUAAUUUACCAGUUGAGAGCGUGGGCUAGAGUCCUUAUCACCUUGAGCUGUUCAUUCAACUUCGGAGUGAAAUAAGUAUUGGCAACCACUAAAAUUUGCAAAGAAGCGUUGAUCUUCAUUAAGAUAAGUCGGAUUUAGUUGACUCCUCACCGCAGUUGAAGAAAAAAAUCCUGCCUUUCUCAUCAAUUUGGGUAGUUUGUCCUUUGCUUUUCACAAUUAUUAGGUGAGUAUUGAGUAGUUGGAUGUUUUGCCUUCUCGUUCUUCAUGUUUUUGUUUUUAGAAUUUUACCAAGGUUUUAAGGCUGACAUAACACUCUUCCACAAUAUUCCACAACAUCCUCGGGAUCUUCAUUACGUAUCGUUUUCUAGAUUCUCUAAAGCUGGCAAAAUUUCGCUUCAUAAACAUCUAUACUGCAGAUCUAAACCCUUCCGUUUCGAAUUGGAUCUAAAAGGAAGACCGUAAUUACGCAACAAAUAACACCAGAAUAACCAAUACGUAAUGUAAUAACACUGUUGUUUAUCGAUACAUCCUGAACAAGACUGCUUCACAAUUUGUCAUGGAAAGGAUGUAUUAUUACUGUAGUUCAGCAGAAGAACAGUUACCUCAGCGGAAACGUAUUUUUCUGAACGUGUUUUCCUGAGCAAGACUGCUUCCCAUCGCAAUUUGUUACCUAGAGGAUUAAUUAUUGCUGUAGUUUAGAAGUAUACAGCUACUUCAGCAGAAACGUGUUUGUCGUGAUUUGUAUUUCCACUGUUUGUUUAAAGACGCAAAGGUUUGUCCUUCGGCUCUGUCGAUUCAGGACCGUUUUUGCGUGAACCGUCGAUUUUCUGGUUCCAUGUUUAAGUUAGUUACCGGCUCAGAGACAGUUCCAAUGAACUACUAUUCCCCUCAAAAUCAUAUUAAUGUUCGACUUAACAAAUUUCGUUGAGAGUUUUCAAAUUUGUGCGGACAAUAUUUAAACGAAAACAAAGUUUCAUCCUUGUUUGAUUGUGAAUUUGACUAUUCCUUCAAAUCUUGAGAAAAUUUACCAAAUAAACGCAGACAUAAAAUUAAUGAUGUAGGUAACCCCGCCUCCUAUCCACAGUUGGCGAUCAAAAUUACCAAAUAAUAAUUUUUUCAGGCGUGUGUUAUUUGGAGAUAAUCUAUGUCUUUAUUAUGCUAAAGUCCGCCGGAUCAUCGUUUAACGUGAUGUCAAGUUGUUGGAAAAUUCAUUGUGAUGUUUCGUGCGUUACAGAUGAAGACAGACAGCACAUUCGGAACCAAAUAAACCAAAAGGACAAGAACUAAUAUGACAUUCCGAAUCAGGCCUUUACACAGUUUCAUAAAUAUAAUAUUUUAUUCCGAAACGCGUUUUCUCGACUUUUAAGUUGCAAUGGCUCAACUAGUGUUGUAUAGUUCUGAUACAUUUUACACAAAGCAGGCAAAUUCGCAAAUUUCAAGCAGGGAUUUUCCUUUUAUUCUAAGCCUAUUCUAUUCGAUUCUAUUCGUUACGUUAUAUGUAACAAAACAGUGAAUCCAAGGACCUUUACUAGGUACUUUGGACAUGUUUUUCUGCUUAGGUGUUUUCGUGUGAAGACCACACCAAUAAGAAGGAAAAUGAAGAGUCAGGAUCUUAUGAAAGAAUAUCCAACUUUGAAGCGCGACUGACAGUUUACGGAUAAGAAGGUAAAAAGCCAUGUAGCCCCGCAAGAUGCGAGCUGAAAGAAGAGUCAGAUGGGCCAGAUAGGAAAAUAUUUGGCCCUCAGUUAGUUGCUCGCUGAAUCAAGAACAGUUUCCGCUAAUUCGAGGGGAGUGGGCGAAAAACUCAUCAAAUCACUCAACACUUUUAAUAAGUGCUCUCUCCAGCUAGUUGCAUUAUGCAAAAGCAAGAAUUUCAAUUGCUAAGUUAGUUUAGAGGCAUACAUCGUCAUUUGUAGUUGUGUCAUUUGUAGUUGUUCCAGUUUGCCAUUUCAAAGGAAAAAACAACCGUCCUUCUCUCAAGGAAAAUUGUCUUCUUUUAACUGUUUCCAAGGAAGUGAAAAUCAGGUACUUCUUUCAUUUUAAUAAUUGUAUUAUUUUCUACAAUUUUUAAGCGUUAAAAACGAAUGAUUUGACCCUAUAUUUACCCACAAUCUUUGUUCCAAUAAAAGUAUUUUGACUUUACAAAGACUUCGACAACACUGACUCCUGCUUAUUUUCUUCCAUCAAAAUCGAUCCUAGAAGCUUCAAAUCCCUUAGGCUAAAUCGCAGGAAAAUCUUUUCGAUAAGACAAGCAAACGAAAGUAAAUAUGGUUGACAUAAAUAUUCAGUUUUAGUGAUGAUUCAUUGCUAAGGCUGGUUGAAACAGGGAAAAGAAGGUUAUUCUGGAGAAAUCUAAACUUCGCUAAUUCUCGGACGUGUCAAAAUUCUGAGCUUUUUCUUCUCUGUGUGAAAGCAAGCUGUUUUUAGGGUGGGCCGCUCGUUGCUCGGUGCAGUUAUGGUUUCGUGACAUGUAGAACGGGGAUUAAUGCAUAUCCGGCUUAUCGCAUCAGAAACUUCUCCAUUUUAAGAAUUAGUAGAUACUAAAAACCAAGUUAUAUUAAGUAUUAAUUCCUUUUUAAAAAUUUUAAAACAAUUAGGGGAAGUCAAGGAAACUCAGAACUUUUAGGCCGAAACGUGAGCUUGAAAUGGUUGCACAUAGAUAUGUAAAUAUUCAUCAUUGAAAGAUGCCAAAUUCAAGCAUCAAAGCUGCCUAUUUCAUUUCGAGUAUUUCCUCAAUUGUGUCGUUCUUGUUACCAAAAUUUGGAAUGAAAAAAUCCCUGAUAGUUAGGCUGGUCUUCAUUUGCCAAAACAAUAACAAUUUUUUUAAUUAAAAAUAUAGUUAGUGAGUCCUGCCUGCCAUGUCCGUUAGCAAAAACACUUUGGAUGCUAUUUUUAGCCUACACUUUGCUGUCAUUUUAUAAAGAUAAAAGUCCAGAUGUAAUGGGUGUUUUCGAAGAAAAGCACAUGUCACUUCGUAAAUAAUAGGAGCGAACACCUACUAGCAGUUUCUCUUUUAUAUGAAACGUUCGAAAGUUUUAACUCCUUAAGAAGCAAUUAAGCUGUGUAGAAACUCAUAUUUGCUAUGCUUUGAAAAUAAGUGAAAUUUACGCAGAAGCUACUCAUCAGUGAAUUCAAGUUAAAGGCAACUUUUUGAAAAACUGUUUAAACUGACCUAGGAGUACCAGCUGACCGAGUUGUCUUCUCUUCCGGGUGCGAGAGUUCCUGAACAAUUCAUCUUCGGUAGUAGCAACUGAUAUUUUGACAUCCUGAGCGGAAAUCAUUAUCAGAAGCAAAUAAUGACUUCUGCUCAGGGUGUAAAACUGUCAGUCACUGGCCUUGGAAUAAUUUCAAAUUUUUUCAGGACUUUUCCUUUUCUUCUUAAUAGUCAAACCACAAGAUAAAAAGUGAGACUAUCUCUCCGUUAGAUACGAAAUGAAAAAUAGCCUGAGAGAGUCUUCGGAUUAACCACAUUUAUUUUAUGACAUCUAGGAUGUAAAUGCACCAGUGAGAUUUCAAAUAAUAUAGAAGUAAUUCGUACAGUCUACAAGUAAAGGUAGGUAAAGCGGAGUGUACUUGGGAAAAUUUUUAGCUUUUCGCGGUAGCAAAACUAGUCACGACACGAUAGAACCUCGACCAUAUUUCCUUCAACAGGAAGUAAGGAAAAUUUUGGCCUGUAUUCUUGAUCAUUAUUACCAUUUUGAAAACUAAACAACCAGAAUAAUAAGUAAAUUGUAAAUUCAAAAACGACAGACGACGGAAGGCUUUAACAUGCUAUUCUGAGCUUCAAAUGAAAGCAGGAAGCCGCAAACCAAGUGGCCAUGGUUAUGGAGAGCAUAAGGUGCGCAUUACAUGUAAAUAUCAAUUAUUAUGACGCACAAAUUUAAUGCAAUGUUUGCGCUUGCCACUUGCAGGUGCCUUACUGUAGCUUUUCAAACGAAAAAAACUCAUGAUUCCUCAUGUCUAAUUUCCAAAUAACAAUCAAUUUGAGAGCGGACUUUAUGGCCUGCUACUAUACUGUGGGUAAGUUAUGUUUAGGAACAAAAUAUGAACAUUUGUCGAGAUCUAACUAAUCUUUUUUAUAAUUUUUAUCGUGUACAUAUGAUUGUUAAUGGGUGAAAAAUAUGCUCACAGUUGUAUUUAUGCUUCUUAAAAAUGAAGCCCAAUAUUUCUGGAUUGAUUCAAAAAGGUUUGUGCGCUUCGGAAGUCGAUGAAAGUAAUAUUACAAAUGAACGAAGAAAACCUCAAACCAAUUGUCUCAAAUCCGAAAGGAGAUGACGUUAACUAAGGAAGUGAUACUGUCAUAAAAAGAAAAAAAAGAUUUUUUCACCAGCAAAAAAUUUCCAAUAAUUUUCUUUUAACGUGGAUCGUUGAAUACUGUACUGUACGGGGGCUUUGGUUGGUGGUAUGUAAUUCGUAAAUAAAAAGGGAAUCUACCAUAAUUAUUCAUUACACAUAAUGCACGUUAGGGAAACAAAAACUCGUCACGAUUAAGAUAUGGUUAUUGCUACAAAUCGUGCUUCAGUUUCUUUCCAAAAUCUCCUUUGCUAGAUAUAUUCCAAAUGUUUGAGGAAAACACAUACUGAGAGAAAAUUGGCCAUACUUGUGUGGGGAACAAUGAUAGCUUAUAACAAGAAGGAAACAUAAUUACACCUUUACCCUUGUAGUUCCGUGUUGUUGACAUUAUUUUGAUUAGCACAAAGUGUAUAACUCUUUAUUAUUUUUCCUUUUUUAUUUGGAAUGAGAGGGAGAUUGUCAGUGUAAAAACAUAGGCCAAAAAAAAAUCAAAUCUGUUUGAAUUUUAGGCCAAGACAAACUGAUCCUCACUUGAUAUUUAUCCGUAUUGAUUAGAGUUUCAAACCCACACAUUGACAUGAGGAUGAUUGGAUUGCAUGAGCCAAUCACAAAUAGGUAAACCUUAUGUAAGUCAAAAACAACUCGAGGUCAUUUUUAUGAAACGAAACCAUCGUCAUAGCAGCAUUGAAUAUGAAAGAUAUAACCUUUUCAAGGACUUGCUACCCGAUUCCUGUGAUUCAGCGAAACAAAACAAACAUUAGGCUGUUUGAAGUGUUUUCAGAGUCUUAACAAUCGCGAACAAGAGAGAGAUUACCUCUCAAAGAGUAUGAGAACUCAACACCUCAAGUAAUUACCACCUAGAAUUGACAAAUAUUCACCGAAUCAUUACAGAAGGAAAAAGCAGGUGAUAGUAAGGUUUAAUGUUAUACUUAAAAUCAAGUACCUACAUGGAAGAAACAGAUCAAUAAUAUUUACCUUAAGAAAAUGAGCCACCAUAGUGCUUUGUCAGACAAUGUUAUUUGUGAAAAACGUUGCACACAGUCUUUGAAAAACUGAUGCACGAUUAUAACAUCUAUUUGGUUUUCAUUUGUUUUGCGCGAAAACCUCUCUCAGGGUUAUAGUUUUGAGAAGCUUAAUCUUGAUAUCUGACAACAAAGAAGCACAGAAAAUCAACACACAGAAUUGUCUUUAAAGUCACAAAGGUGAAUAUUUGCAUCAACCCUCGGUUGGCUUAAGCGUGUUUUGAACCAACCAAUCUCGUCUUUCUAGUUCUGUUGGACCAUUUUUCAAGUGAUCCCAUUGUCGAGAGCAAGAAUGAAUGAAAAUGUUUGAGUAGUCAUUAAGUAUUCAAAGUAAGGGUAUAAACAAAGCUUCUAGGGAUUUUUAAUAGCUGAGUUAUUAGUGCGAGUUAUAUCUAUAAAUUUCAGUUUUUUUUUUUUUCUGAGGAUGGUCUUCAAGUUAUCUCCGCUAUUUUCCCGUGUUUCUGACGCCAAUAAGAAUUUGUUUAGAUUAACUCUUAUUCGAGCAUCCCUAUCGUCAAAGUGAGAAGAAAAACAUCUUAUCUGACUGGAGAGUCCGCUGAAAAAAAUUAACAGAGCCAAAAUUCAUCGGAGAUUGCUUUUGUCUGGAUAAGCCCACCCGUGUACAGCGGUCAUUAUGACUAGUUUAUCGUACGGUCAGGGCCACUGAAUAUGCAUAUUGCCUUAGUGUGACAAAAACUGACACCGACCCUGUGGGUAAUUUCUAAUUUAGUUCCACUAUAUAAAAUAAACAUCCACAUAUGAGAAUUAAUUCAAAUAAACCUUUACACAUAAUACUUUCAUAUUGUUUGGACACCGAAUCAAUCAUGUUUGAUACUACAAAAGUCUCCUUUAAUCGAAUACACAUGAAAAAGUAGACAUAGAUUACUUUAGAUUCGACGAAACAUUUUUAAUGAAAAAAGGAUGUCACCACCGGUGCACAGAAGUGUAACGAUUUAGCGUGAGUUUGUUUAUUUGACAAUAGCUUUUCUUCAGAACAUAGACUUAAAAUUUGGACUGGCUUUGGAUUCGAUGUCGCGCAUAUGAAACCGAAUUUAAAUCUGCGGUAAAAAUUAUUUGGACAUUUUUCAGAAUUUAAAUAAUGCGUUCGAAUAAGAGUUCAAGGUCUUAUGCCUUUGAUAUAUUAAAUCUGUGUAAAAAAACAAUGAUCUAAGAAAACUAAUUUCGACUAUAGUCUUGAAAUUUCGACCGUUAAACAAAUGUUCACAAAACAAAUUUUCAUGAGAUGUAAAGUCCAUUAGUUGUGUGUGUUUAAGCCAUAUUCCGAGAGAACUUUCUUGCAGAUAAUUCUAUAAGUCUGCAUCUGGGUAUUUUGCCAAUCGCAAUAAACAAUUAAAACAUUGUGUUCUGUCUGCAGCUGUCAAAAUGAUUAAAAACUCUCUAUCACACUUGAGCAUAUGAAUAGGCUUCGUAUUAAUGGAAUAUCUCCGAAACCAUUUCUCAAAUAAUCAAGCCUCGCUUUCCAAAAGGUGAGUGCCUUCAAAAUCAUAUUCAAAGUGGUCUUGUUCUUGCUCAUUCAAAGACAGAACUAAAUUCUUGCUUGUUAAUGUAGCUGCGGGAGAGAAAACACUGAAAAUUUAUCGUGCUGUGUAAACUACACAAUCAACAAUAAGCUGUCUCUACACGUUAUGCCUCGAACGCUAUACGAGACAUGGCGAAGAUUUUCUUUUCCACUGAUGCGAAAAUAUCAUCAUCCUAUUGGCCUAUUGGCCAUGCCGUAUUCUUCUGUACUAACAGUUUUGGGAGAGAGUAGUUCGAUGAAAAGAUAAAGUCACGAGUUAAAUAAAGGGCGACUCAUAUUCGUACAAAAUACAAAUAUCAUGGAUAUUCAGUUUGAUUUCUCUUUAUAUGAUAGUGCCUAUUUUCUUUUCGCAAAAUCUGGUGUUUUCGGACAUAAACAGUACUCGUACUGAUUAUUUAUCGGCAAAAUGAAAAAUGCUUUUAGGAUUUAUCAGAUGGGGAGCUAUAAUAAGCUCAAAUAACAAAAAUAUUCUUAAAAAUUCAUUUGUGAUACAGGUCACGAAUAAUGAAAAUCUCUGAAAGCAUGCCUUAUGUGAUUGUUCACCAGUUGUUGCAAAUCCAAAAGCGUAUGUUUCAGAAGAAAUUAUUUCAAGAACCGGUCAGUUUUGUGAGAGAAACCCGAUUGAACCGAAGCUAGUUUAUUUCUAGGCACUAAGAGCAUAAUUAUGUGCAAAUGUCAUUGUGAAUGUCAGCUUUUGCAAAGUCCUCAGCGACAAGAUUAAAUAUUUAUUCGCCAAGAAAUGUAUUAUAUAAUCCCACCAUUUGAUUGUUAACUUUCUUUUAUUUGCAAUAUCAUUGCAACAUAAGUCAAAAUACAUCAUACUUCAACUGUAUUUUCUUAUCAAAACCGCCCGACCGGAAUUCCCGUCGGAAAAUGUUUUUUGGCCACUCACGUUUGGUGCCCGAGAGAGCCUCGACGACAUUCUACUGAUGCCACGAUAAGCCUUUCACUUUUCAAAGCUUCUGCCUGGUUUAGGAAAAAUUAAAUAACAAAAGGCUCUCCACUAGGGGCGUGUUUAAUGGAAGGUUGCGUUAAAAAGGUUGAAAAAUAUGAAUUUUUUUAAAAAAAUAUCACGGUAAAUUAUCGAGACCUGAUGUCUUUCUUUUUACUUUCCUAUGAAUUAGAUCGAUUUGGAGGAGACAACAGUAUAUCAGGAUUUUAAAAAGUUAAUGAUCAAAAGGAUUCAGUGAAACACUGAGGCUGAAUUUGACUGAACGAAACGCAGCUUUGAGUCACACUCGCAAACACAUCUGCAACUGCGGAACUAAACCAUCAACUGCUUUCUGGUAAGUAAACUUACUUUACUAUGACGAUUAAUGAUAUUAUUUGAAAAAACGUUCUACUAAGCUUUUAAUUGAACGCUUUUAUAAGAUUGUCUAUAAACUCCUGGCGGACUAUCGAUAAAAAUUUUAACUUUGAGUGCGGAUGGUAUAUUUGAUGCGUGAGCGAAUAAAACGAAGCUCGUACCCUAAGGAGACAGGCAACGUUUCUCUUACUCCAUAAAUACUGGUCGCAUAUUCAAUUGAAGAUAAACGAUAUCAAUUGAAGAAAUUGACAAUCUACGUCAAAUAAAUUUUUAUUUGAAUUUUAAGCACUUUGGCAAAGUGAUAAGCGCCAUAUUAUAAUUUCUUCUUUGCCAUUGCAACACGAAAACUGUCUAAAGGUAUAUGUAGCAUGUUUAGAGUGAAGAUAUCUUUUUUAAAACCAUGACAUAUAAUGCUAAUUGAACUGAGUGGAGUGCAAUUUUGGUCUGAAAUCAUACGAGUGAUUUAAAAAAACGAAUGGGCACGCAGCGCGAGUUUGAUUUGAAAUCACAUGUACGAUUUCAGAUCGACCAAAACUGCUUAGCACUAAGUUCAAUUAUCACUUUAUUGCAUCCAUUUUUAAACAGCAAAAUUCAGUCGGUUAAAUACAGGAUUUUUUUGUCUGUACAAAUGUUUUACUGAUCUAGUACUGAGCUGUGCAAAAGCUGUCUUUUAUCUUCCUCUAAUUUGAUUGGUUUCUUUAAACAAGCCUUGAGAUUUGAUUGGUUGUUGUGUUUUGGUGGUGUUCCUCAUUGGCUGGGAAAAAGAUGCGAUUUAGAGCAAAAAAUCAAACGAUUCGUGAAUAAAUCGCAACGAUGAGAGCCAAUCAGAUUGCAAGUAUCACCAGAGAUUUCAAAAUGGAUUUAAUAAAUCUCGUUGUUGUUUUCAUUAUUUAUGGUUCAAAAGGUUCAUCAAACACUUUCAGUCGAAUAUUUUUCUGAAAGUAACUGCCAAUUAAACUUUAUAAGAUUCCUCUUUUCAGAUUAACUCACUUUAAUGCGCCUCGGAGCCUUAAAAUAUUUCAUUUUUAGUAAUACCGCAAAUUGCCGCUAAUGACGUUUCGAAGCUCAAUAGAAAACCCUCUGUGAUCAGCACUUUUACAUCUUGUUUCGAAGCACUCUUUUCAUUCUGGUUAUAGCCCUCUCGGAUGUACACCCUUCCAUUUACAAGCUCUCCUAAAACCCCUUACGAAGUUGUAUAAGCCUAGGGCUUUUCAGAGGAAAUUUAGGGUAUUUCAAUCAUACCAUAAUGGGCACCUGUCACCGCUAAUUUACACUGUUACGCGAAGGUCGGCAGUGGGCAGAUAAUUUUCUUUUCUCUUCUUUCGACGGAUUUUCAAUCAAAACGAGAAAAACUGCAGUUUGCGACUCACCGCACGAGUCAUUUUCUGUGAAGCCGGGGCUGGUGAGUUCCAUGUCCACCAGCAAAUAAUCCUCAUAAAGCCUUGUUUACAUCACAAGCCCGCCCGCCUCACUUCAGAAAAUAACUUUUUGCGCAGGAAGACAGGCUGAAUUUAUGAAUGAUUUUUCUGAAGUUCUCCAAGUACUUAUUGGAGAUCAUGAAAGUAACAUAAUGUAACAUUUCCGAAUUACAAAAACCGUUCCUGUCAAAAGCAGACAGUGAAAAUAAUGUUUUUUUUUGAUAAUGAGUUUUGUCUUCAAUAAUAAAAAUUUAUGUUCAUGUUUAAAGUUAUCACUAUUGUUUCAAAACAGAGACUGGACACACGUCUGAAAAGGCCGAUAAGAUUAAGCGUGGGACAGUCUCCGUCGUUUUGGCUUUGGCAUUCUUUCAUUGCGUUGAUUUAACGCGUAAAUUUCAAAAACCUCUUUGUAAUUCAGAUGUGCAUAAGAUAUUCAUGAAAUUUUUCCAUGACUGCAGCUCUGCGUUACUGUUCCAAAGAAACCGAAUACCAUGUCCAGCGGAUUUUUUCACGUCACCUGCUUACUCUACUGCAUCGUCCUGACUUCUUUUAUCAAAUGUGACAACACUACGUCCAAAAUCGCUUUAUACAUUGGUGGAUUUUUCGGGGUAAACAUUCAAGAAGGGGCUUGGAGCACAGCUGAAGUCAUUCCAUCUCUAGAAAUGGCACUGGAGCAUGUGAACAACGACCCAAACAUUUUGGUGGACUAUCAACUGAAAUAUGUGUGGAAUGAUUCUAAGGUUUGUUCAGCGUAUAUGACUAGUACAAAAAUUAAAAAUACAGUUAAUAUUUAUCUGUUAUUUUCUUGCUUCCAUUGCUUAAGUGUGAAAGUGGAUCCGGUAUCAAAGCUAUGCUUACGAUGAUCGACACUCCACCACACAAGAUUGUUUUCCUGGGUCCCGGAUGUUCUGUAGCAACAGUACCUGUUGCAGAAGCCGCUCCGUAUUGGCAGGCAGUGCAGGUAAAUUUCACAGUAUGUGGGGUUUUUAUAAUGACUACGCUCAGUCUGAAGCCCGUGAUUCUAUUCUCUUUGGAGGUUUGCAAUCUCGUGGGCCUUUGGUAUAUUGCUUCAGCUUGCAAUUUCCUUUUAAAAUUUGGCAAUUUCGUCUCUGUCAAUUGUUUGACGGCAAAUGACUUACAGGGAUCACUUUGCCAUUUGUAAUCAACCAAAGGUCAAAAUAUUAUAAAUUUUACUUAUUUGUGAGCUUGCAAUUUAAUAUCAUCGAUAAUUUGCAAUGAUAGCUUUGUGAUAUUAUUUUGUUUACGUGAACGAUAAGAACUGUAUGUCGUAGAUAAGAUUAUUUUGCAACAGUUUAAUGGCUUGCUUGACCUCAUUGCAUAACUACGUGCGUCAAUUUCCUCUCAGCUGCAGGUUCUUCUAUUCGUUUUUCCGCAUUUUUAUGACAUCGACGCAAAGAAAUGCUGUCUUUUCACUCUUCUUAGAUUGGAUACAGUACAUCGUCGCCACAGUUCUCAGACAAGGAAAAGUUCCCUCUGUACUUUAGAACUAGUACCUCAGAAACAAUGGAAAACCCGACCAGAGUAGCACUUUUAGAGCAAUUCAAUUGGAAAAAGGUCGCCCUACUUGUGCAAAACUUGGAUAUUUUUGUAUGGGUAAGAGGCUCAAUACUGCUAGUAAGGCAGUUAUUAUAGUAUAUAUAGAAAGAAAGUUUCUUUAAAGGCACUACAUGAAUCAGAUGAACUUAAUCAAGAAAUACAAUCAAUGGACUCUGAUUUCAGACAACAAAAGCAGUAACAACGACAAAAUAUUCCAACGAAGAGGUCAUAAAAAAAAAUGUUAAAUACCGAUGGUUUGAUUUUCUUUGUUAUCAUUUCUAUAUCAAUAGACAAAAGAAGACCUCAUUCCAUUGUUAAACAAGUCGAACAUCUCCAUCAUUGCAACAGAAAGCUUCAAAUAUGAUCCAUCCUCAUCGGUCAAGUACUUAAUCAAGGUUAGAUACGCACCAUCCAUUCAAAGUUCAUAGCGCUGAGCUUAGUGUGCAUUAAGUGUGUUUUCGUGGAUUACAAGAUCUUGCUGGUGUAACAGAGAGACAAAACGGAAAAGACCCCUGGCUGAUAUGAUAGAUACUACUGUAACAGCCAUUACAAUAGCCGAAUGUGUACAAUUGAGCGUCGAAUAAUUAUCCGAGGUUGCGUUGCUUUUCUAUGAGGAUAAGGAGGGUUUCUUAUUCCGAAUUUUAAAAGAAAUUAACGCGUCAUGCAAAAAAAGGUUUCAGGGAAAUCUUGAGGUUUUCACGUGUCACGUCUAUUUUCGGAGAAAAUCACGCCUCACGCUGGUUCUUAAAUUCACGAAUCACGCUUGCCUUUCUGUAAAAAAGUUUGGUCUUAACCACGUGUCAAGUACAAACCUUUAAGCCACCCUCUUGUUUUACUUCGCUUGUGAUUGGUCUAGUAAGCUGGCGCCACUUUCUGAACCAACCAUAAACUAAACUAAAAGUAAUCACCGUUUGGUUACCCAUGUUUUUCUGCGCUCCAGUCAGUUUGCUUUAACCACCUUAAGCUCUUUGUGGCUUCUCAUAAAGUACUUCUUUAUUGUGAUUGGCCCCCGAUAACUUUGGUGUUGGUUUACGUUUCUAGAUUGAAAUCCCUGUGGCCUAUUUUUACCGCCAGACUUCUUUUUCUUGGUCCUCCUUGGAAAUUUGCCUUCUCUUUAGAUCAGUAAUAAGGGAAGAAACAAAACACUGUUUGAAUAAAAUUGAAAUUGAAGUUCUAAUGAGCGUGAGACUGAAAUUUUAACUCUUCGCCCAAGAGUAUCAUUUGGCAUUUCGCUGACAAGCGGAUGUUUGUGUAUGUUAGUGAAGUACCUCAAAAAUUCUUUCUUACAAGGAUAAAGAUGCAAGGAUUAUCAUUGGACUGAUGUACGAGGACAUGUUCAGAAAAGCUAUGUGCGCUGUGAGUGUACUGACAAAUUAUAACCAACAAUUAAGAGAAAUGAAAAAAAGGGGGUAAGUUAAGUUAAGUUAAGUAAAUAUUAAGAGUUUUUUACCGGAAACCUCCUGCUUAAAAUAUGUCGUUUUUAAUGCUCUGUGGCGGAGAGUUUUAUAUCAAACUAAUAAUUGUAUGUAGCUGGUAAUCUUCACCGACUCUGGGUUUUACAUUGCAAAUUCAAAGUAUGACGGGAGGCACUGAACACCUUUAACUGAUAUCCUGCUAUAAUCUCAAUUCCUAACAGGCCUACAAAGAUGGACUCUUUGGAAAGAAGUAUGUUUGGAUAAUAGUUGGAUGGUACUUGGAAGACUGGUGGACAAAAACAACAGAAGUGGGCAUGGAUUGCAGGGGAGAACAGCUCUUGGAGGCUGCAGCUAAUUUGAUUGAGACUUUUCCUCUUCAACUGAGUAGAUCAACAAGACCCACGAUAUCGAAUAGGGUAAGGUUCUAGUCGGUAUUAAUCGCCGGGGGUGGGGUUACAUGAUUUUCAGGGGGGACGGAGUGGGGAUUAGUCGUUGCCCACAGAAAAUAAUAUUACUCAACUCUCCCCUGAAUAGGAUGGCGGUCCCUCGCAAGGUUACCCCCUGUAGUUUAUUAGUCUUCCCUGACUAUGCACCAGUAUCCGUAAGCCAGCGCAAUAAUGAUUAGUCCACCCACCCUCUUGUAUAGUUUAAACCGGAAUAGUCUCAAAAGGUAAAGACCAAGUUACUGCCUGAGCUUUUACAGAGCAUAUGUAAAAAUCGUUUUGCUCUUCUUUACCAUCCCUUUUCAGACUGCACAGCAGUUGCAAGCUGAAUAUGAUGAAAGACGACGGCGCCUCAACUACACUUAUCACAUGUACGCAGGCUUCACGUAUGAUGCAGCAUGGAGCAUCGCUGUUACGUUGAACAAAUCCAUACCUCGGUUACGAGCAAAAAAUAAAACACUGGAAACCGUCAAAUAUGGUGAUAAAGAAGUAGCUGAGAUCAUGACGGAUAUUUUGUUCCGUACAGACUUCUGGGGAAUGUCAGUAUGUAAAGUAGUCCUUGUUUAAGCCUCAAUAACACUUCACUUUUUUAUGGAUUUUCCUUUUCAAUUUGUCGAAUAUACGAGAACUUAAAGAAAAAAAAACAGAACAAAAGAUUUAUUGGGUGACUCGAAAUGUCUCAAUGAAAUUCGCAUACCAAAGUGAGAGGGUCGUUAGCUCGAUGCCUGAAAAAGACCCCUUUUUUGUUUACCUCAAAAAAAUUGGCAAAAUGGUAGAAGAAAAAGGAUAAGGAAAAGGAAACUUCCAAGCCUUAAACGCGGGUUCCCUCUCUGAUGGCAAACUUCAUAUCAUUGUCACUAGCAAAUCCGGUUUAAGACAAAUAUAAUUCUGACAACUGCCCUUAUUCUUAGACCGAUAUACUACAGCUCUUACGACAAAAACCUUGUCCUGCAAUUCUUUCAGGGUCGCAUGAAGUUUGAUGAAGAUGGAAACAGAGACACUCUUGUAGAAAUUUUUCAAAAUAAACGUAAGUGAAAAAUUAUUGUAUAUUAAAAAACUUUCGCGAUAAAUAAGUAGAAGUAAGUACAUCUCAUUAGGAGUAAAUGAAACAGAUUUAUCCGCUAUUGCCCUGAGAGCUGCCACUGAAAUAAGAAGUGAUUGAUUUUUAAGUUUUGCUGGCGAAAGAAAACUUGGAGGAAAUUGUGCAAAAGUAUAUCUGUAGAAGGGAUUUAUAAAUCCCUGAAUUAGGAUUGCGGUCAACGCGGUAGAGUAGCACUGCAUUGCAUUAUAGUUACAUCAGUAUGAUGGCUGAUGUUUUGACCGGCAACUCUGUUUUCUUGAUGGAAGCAUUGUUUUUUUUUUUUUUCAUUUCAGGUGGUAAAAAGAAAAUUGUGGCCACGGUGGAUUCCCUUGGUAGGAAUCUGAGUCAAUACAAAGAUAAGUUUGAGUGGGAAGGUAAGAUGGAAUUUGAUGGUAUGGCAAAAUUGCACGACUGAAAUCAUGGGUUUUCACCGACAUCUUAAUUUCCAGCCACCAUACGUUGUGAUCUAGUUAUGAGAGACAUUGUCUUGAGGUAAAAGGACUGGAAUACAAUGGAAUAAAAUUCAGGGAUCGAGUAUUUUGAUCAAAAUUUGAAUUAGGCCAACAGUAAUUUUAAUUGAAAUAUCCACUCCUUCAAGAACGGUGUACGUUAAAAAUCACUCAGAUUUAAGUUAAGCACAAAACACUGAAGGAUAAUAAAGAUGAAAAGUGAAACCUUGAGCUUUCUCUUUUUUGUCGUAAGCACUGUCUCUUUUCGACGGAAAUAAUCAGAGGACAAAUAUAGACGUAGACGUGGGGUUUAGUGCGCGAUAACUAUUCAGUUUUUUGUACCACGUGACGUAAAAUUAGCCAAUAGAAACGCGAACAAAUUAAUAGGUGGGUUAGAACACUUGAAAUUUUGUCUGUUUUCUGAUCUCACCUAGCGAAUGUUAGAAUAUUUGCUUCAUCACUAAAAUUUCAAUUUGAAAAAGUUUCUUUCAUUUUUUCCCUACAGAGGGGAAAGUUCCACUGGACGGUGUCAGAAUCAAUGAAAAGCAGUUUAAAGAAAGUUUCAGCUUAACGUUGAUGUUCUUCCUGUUGGCAUUUAUUGGAGUACUGCUCUGUUUCUUUAGUUUACUUUUUAAUGUCACAUAUCGAAAGCAUCAGUAAGUAACAAACUUUGACUCAUAUAGCAUACCCUCAAGUUUUAAGACCAGCAUUUUCAAAAGGUUCCAGUGCUUUCUGAAAGCGAAGGAACUUGUUUAAAUCAGUUUUAACGCAUGAAAUCAUCUUAAACGAGAAAGAAAGGUCCUAUAUUGUUACAGCAAAUGAAAAUAAAUAUUUGUAAAUACUAUUAAAUCAAGUAUACGGGAAGUAAACCCUCUAUGUAUGAUUAUCAGAAACAAGCACAACUACUUUGAGAGAUGUAGUUUCUGAGUACUUCCUAUUUUGGGUUUAGUGAUGGUUCGUGAAGAUGCCUCUUUCAUGCUGUCUUUCCCUCUGAAAACGCUUUGGAAAAUCAAGCAAUAACCACUGGUUUUACCAAAUGGCGUAAAAUAUAGUGCUUAUUACUGCUUGUCUCUGAUUUACAUCUCCCGUUUGCACAGAAUUUCAUUCUGUAAUUGCUUCAAACUUCUUUUUCCCUAUAAUGCUUUUGUUUAUGUACCUAGGUUCAUUAAAAUGUCAUCUCCAAAGUUUAACGAUAUCACCGUCAUUGGAUGCCUGCUGUCCUACAUCGAAAUGUUCUUAUCAGCUUACGCUAACUCUGAUUAUACAGAACACGACAUCUCACUCUGCUAUGUAAGUAUGCACAUCCCAUAAAUGUUAAAGGGCGCUAUAUAAGUAAAUAAAUUAUUAAAUUAUAAAUUAUUAUGCUUUGGAGCCUGUUCAGUUUUCCAGGUAUACAGCCUUGGAACUCGAAUACAACAUACUUAAGGAAGAAUUAGGUUCAUCGACAACUUUAAUCAAGUUCACAAAGCCCUUAUCAUAUUACAGAGUACUAAGGUUAUGUAAAAGCAAAAUUGGUGAAAGUGUCUAAAAUAAAAACGAAGGUUUAAAAGUUUCAAUAAUCGUUGCUGCUGAAAAAUGGCCGCGAGCGAGUGCUGAUCGCUGCAAGCCCGUGGGUUAAACACCAACGGUGAUGGAAAUUACUGGGUGAAAAACUGAGAUGAAAAAUAUUUUUUCGAUGCAACACUAAGAUUAAUUUUUUUUCACCCUUAGAUUAGAAUCUGGCUGCUCUCUACCGGUUUCACUUUGGCAUUUGGUGGGAUUUUCGUCAAAACCUGGAGAGUUUACAAAAUAUUUACAAACAACCAGAUGAGGAAAGAGGUAAAGAAAUAACUAAAGGACAACUCGGCUCAUCAUCAUUGUCAUAGCGGUGUCAUCAGUCAAGGCAAUUUUUAAAUAAUUGUCAAAAGCGAACCAGUAUUGCCUUUGAUUUGCGUUAGUACGUCUGUGAUUGGUUUGGAAAACUCGCGCCAUCCCGAUCAUUUUCAAAACUUAAACCAAUCCCGACUUGGUCAAUUCUUUUGAGCAAAAUUCUUUUAAUAACAAGUGGCGCCUUGAUUCCCUUGAAUGCUUUACUAUGCUUUGCUAGCAUUGCUGGUAAAUGUGAAUACUUUUGGCAGUAUAAUAGACAAAUUAAACCUUGUACCGUUUAUUUAUCGUUAGGCACCAUAACAGGAAUUUGUUACUGUGCCUUGCACAUGAUUGUUUGUAGUCUUUUAUACUAAUGUAAUUUUCAUUAUUUUCAGUAUUUUGUAACUGCAUGUGCGCAUUGUAAACGAGUAUACUGAAUGCUCUUAGGCGUUAUGUGGAUAAAUAAACUAUCUUUCUAUCUAUCUACUUGCUUUGAUAUAGGGUCGCUUUGCACGCUUUUGGCCGUCUACCGCUCGGUCAAUAAGAAUGGGGUUCUUAUUGGCUCCUUGUGACCAUUUAUGUGAGCUUCAAUGUUAUCGUACAACAUCGCGCUCAUCAUUUAAUGCUUUUUACUGAAAUGCUUUCUAUUUCCUCUUCAGCUUGGAAACUUAAGUAGCACUAGCCUCUUGUUGAGGCUAUGUGUUGCUUUGUUUGUAGACUUCAUUUUUUUAUCAACUUGGACAGCUAUUGAUCCAAUGACCAUGGAAACUGUGAAAAUCGAUAAUAAGGUAAAUAUUAACGGCAACUUUUUGUUUUUGUUUACACUCUCAUGGUCGUUGUUAUGCUUUUAGAUAACCGGCCGUGAUGAUAUUUGAUAAAGCCAAGAUUUCCAUUAUGAUCAAAAAGCUCUUUGCUAUUCAAAAAAAUAUUAAUUAGUAAUCGGUUUGAAAUCUUGCAAUUGUUAAUCGACGCGAAACUCUUACACUCUAGGUCAGUAGCAGAUCUAUAGAUCCAAAAUAAUAUGACUUUCACAUUUGCACACUCAUCAGAAAACUUCUCUACUCUCUAAUAAAGGUUCCAAAUGAUGACUCCGACUUCAAAGAGCAGCUUGUGUUCCAUCAGUGCACCUCUUCUCACUAUAUGACCUGGUUGAUUUCAAUGAGCGGGCUGAAGGGGAUCAUGUUGAUUUUCGGUGUGUUUUUGGCCUGGGAAACAAGAAACGUGCAUUAUCCUUCGCUGAACGAUUCCAAGAACAUUGGCUUAGCAGUGUAUAACGUGUUCAUGUUUUCUUGCUUAGCAAUUGUGGCCGAGUUCGUGGUUUUUCCUCCCCUUAAGACUCUAGUUCAAAGAUCGAUCGUGUUCGUGGCGACCACUUCGACAAUUGCCCUGCUAUUUGUACCAAAGGUCAGAAAUAACUUAUAGUUCUUUGUAAAUAGAAAUAACAGAGAUUGUAAGUUUUGAGCUCGGUAAAGAAAUAGAGAGAGAUGUUUUUCGUCUUGUCACGAGCGUGAGACAAGGAAAAUGAACUUCGUAACAGACCUAACUCUUGCUCACCGUGGAGUCUCUGUGGCUUAGUGGUAGAGCAUAGGAACUCGGAAUCCGAAGGUCUGCGGUUCGGUUCCUCAUGGAGACUCAGAAUUAUUUUUUUCUUUGUCUCACGCUCGUGACAAGACGUAAAGCAACUUUCUCUGACUUGUAAUUCCGUUACAGCAAUUUUUACUCCCUCGAGACUUAAUCUGACAAUAAGAGAUGAUUAAUAAUGAUACAGUUAACGUCGAUUAGGUCACAUUUACAUCAGUUUACAACUAAGUCUUGAAAAACCAAAAUCAAAAAAAUUACAAAGUUGACAUGAGCAUUAACCAAUGAGAACUCAAAGUAACAUAAUUGGAGGAAUGAGAUUUAAUUAAUUUUAUAGCUUUAACGUAGGAAAAUGUAACGACAUGUGAUGUUAGUCAUUGCUGAGCGCUGUUAUGGGAGCUAGAAACGAAAAAUACGUUCACAAUUAAAAAUGUAUCAUUGGUCACCGGAAUGGGUUCUCUCCCUUGAAUUUCGCUUUUUGAAUGAUAGAAACAUUUAUUUAUUCAUUCAUGAAAUUCCAUCUGACAGGUACUUUACCUGAGGAAAAAUACGGCAGUUUCCACGGCCGCCGUCCUGGAGACAAACAAUGUGGCAUUAGAAAAUCAAGGAGUGACGAAUACAUCGAACUCUGUAGAAAAAGCCAAAUAUUUAAAAACUUGUGCAAACUAAUGCUACGGUAAUUUCCGGAGACAUAGGUUUAUCGAAGCAAGCAUCAAACCUAAAGGAUCAAAAGCGAGUUGGAAUGAAAUAAGCCGACCUUUAAGAAGGCCGUUGCAGACCAUUAAUUAUCAACCAAAGCUUUUAAUCGAGUGUUCAAAUGCAAAACCUAAUGGAAGUUGCCUGGUUUGAGUUUAUGGACCAGUUUUAGUGAAAUCCUACUGUGGAGGAAUUGAACUGCAAAGUCCCACGUAUAAAGCAAGUUUUAUUGGAUGCUAAACGGACUACCAGAUAGACACCCUAUGAAUUAGUUCCAGGUUAAAUCUAGGCCGGAUGGGAGGUUAUACCCAUCGCAGUUAAGCUUCGAAACUAACGGACAAGUGUGGCCGUUUGUCGCAGGGGAAGGUGAAACCAUAGGUUCUAAGGCAAUAGUGACGAAGCAGUCCAUUUUGCUAGUACACGUUACAGAUUACGCUAUGAAAGAGGGAAUGCUCCCAGCUCACAAAAUCAAGAGAAAUUGCCAUUGACAAAAGACCCUUAACACACACGAGGGUGCCUGGCUAAGAUAUGAACAUGUAGUUGCUAUGGAGACAUGAGACGUUCGUGCUCUAAUAUCAUUACUUAUUAAGUCGUCUAGAGAUUUAUAACCUUCCACCAAGAAUAAGCAGACCGCCUGACUGUAAUAUGUCACCACAGUACAGAAAAAUAAAAUUGUCCUCAGGAACCCACGCAGUUGCCUAAAGUCUUAUCUAGCAAGGAAUCAGCAGCAUAAAACCUAAAUGAAUUCAAGCGGAUAUUAAAUAAAUUUGACAUUAACAAAAUAAAUUUGACGUUAACAAAAUAAAUUUUGACGCCAGUAUUGUAGCCGUCAUUAAACACAAGGACAACAGUUACGAAUAUUAUUCAAAACUAAUUUAAAUUUAAAUCAUCAAACCAAGUAGUGAAAAUUUUUAUAGCCUUUUAUGGUUAUGAUUAGUUAAAUGCACGACACCACCAGCUAUGCUGAAUAUUUUAUCGUGGUUGAAAAAAGUUAUUCAUUCAUUCAUGUUAUUUAUUUUUUGUGAAAAUGAGCCGGCAUCUUUUUAAAAUGCAUAUGAUUAACUAUUCGAAAGUUGUGGGAUCUUCACGAGCUCUUACACCACAAUGGUUUUUCCACAUGAUCUGGUUAAGGCUAACAAGCGCCAUAUGUAAAAAUGGCGAGUUAGUGUUUCGCUUCGCUAUUUACUUUUCUCUUCCUUAAGAUCGAUGCGAAGGAAGACAAUUGGUAAGAUCUGCCGAAAAGUUAAGGAAACGACGACGGGGUUAAUUGAGCCGAAAUCGUUAUUUAAAGGUAAAACUUGUCAACCAGAAAGCAGAUGGUUCUCGUGUGCCGCCCACAUAAGUAAUUGUGUCUUAGUGAUCGAGGUAUUUUCCAAAAGGUUCUCGGUGGUACUGGCAAAACUGACAGCUUUAUCCUGGAAUCAAACUGUGCUAACAAGCUAUCUGCUUUAAGCUUGGUGGUACACAAGUCGAUAUAAGAUAAAAAAAUACAAUAAUUUCCUUUUCUUAUUUAUAUGACAACACUGUUUGGGGGUUAAAGGUCUUUCUGAUGUAAAUAUGGAAGCAAUACUCGCAGUUAUGAACACUACUUAAGUGGUAGUGAAAAUGAGCAGUGUUAAUAACUGCGAGGAUCACUUCCAUAUUCGUUUCUUCUACCGCAGUUCACAUAUAUGAUUUUCAUAUAUUUACAGUUAUUACAUUACAAUACAGAUAUAUUCAGACAAUGUGCUGAAACUGAUUGGGGCUGACAAUAUUCUUCAAGGUAAUGUUCACAGUUUUCUUUUCUUUCCUUUCAAUACCGGCUUCUAGUUGGCUAUGAAACAUUUGACUAUUACUUUGUAACAUAAAGCUAUGGAGCUAAUCUAUAUCCAGUUACUCCAGAGUUAAUCAAUAUACAUUACCAAACAAGAAAGAGCCACUUUCUUAAACUUGUAGGCGUACAGCGAAAGCCAGGGCCAACGGCUCAAUAUGUUAUUGCUCUGUCGUUUUCGCUUGAGGGAACAAAUUAAAGUGCGCUGUAAGUGCCACGACUUUAGCAUUUCAAGUAUCGUGCAGUCAAAGCUAUAUAUACCAAAACAACGAUCGGAAUUGUCAAAAGCUCUUGGAAAUUAGAAACUUCACAACCUACAAAAAACGUACUUGUCAGAAAAAAGAAAACGUAUAUUACGACAAAACGAAAUGUUACUAAGAGUGAAAUUGAAUAUUCAUAUGUAUGCCAGCUUCAAAAGACAGAAGAUGGUCCGUUAAACGUUGAUGUAUUUUAUGGCCAUAAAAAUUCUUGCUACUCUAAAAUAUGUUGCUAUAUUCUGGACUCAUGUCUAAAGGCUAAGAUGGAUGUUAUGGCUGAGAGGUAGAGUCCAUUAAAAAAGUUGUUAAUAGUCUAUUUCAAGCUUCUUUUAUUUAUCACCUUAGGAAGAAAUAAGUGGGCUAAAUUGACUAACUGUGUUUUUGACAAACUGUCGGAUCUUUUUGUUGUCUAUCGGCUACAACAACACGCCUGUUUUUAUCAAGUAAAGUCAUCAAAUUUAAAAUUUGCGGAAGGCAUUUCAAGCAAUAGUUGUACCUUGACGCAAUGCGCCACAAUCAGAUCGAUGGUUUGAAAUCGUAUCCAUGUAUUCCGUACAAUUUUAUUUUGACUAACGAAAUUCAGGAAGGUUUAUUCACGAAGCUUUCCUAUUGUAAUAAGAUGCUCCUAGACGUAUUUGAAGAUUAACAAUUGUUUUUGUAUUCUAAUUAUAACUAACGUCAAACAUGUAAUGUUAUACGCUGUCUGGUUGAAAUAAUUAUGUCGUGAGACAUGGAAAAAAUUAAAUGUUGCUUGAAUUGUGUGUCGUUAAUUGUUAUAUUCUUGUAUUAUUCAGAUAUUCCUCGGUCUGCCUUUACAGUUACAGAGUUUCUAGCUCUUACACUAAUGUGUUUGUUUUAUCGGUAAAAUUAAUUGAAGUGAAUUUGCAUCACUUCGCUUUGGAGUGAACUUUAAAGUGAACUUUGAAGUGAUAAUGUUGCAUCGAAUCUUCAUAGGACAUUUUCCAUUUACAGCAAAGAUAAAAUGACCAAGAGAACAAUUGGUUUAUCAACCAAGGACAACGUUUUUAAGUCAAACAACGAAUUUUAAUUAGAAUCUUUCAGAUGAAGAAAAUUAAUUCAUUGAGAAGACACCACUUGGUUUUGUUUUGGCAAAUAUGUUUUUCCAUUUGAGUGCACUAUGCGGAUAUCUCAUAUUAUUAAAAAAGCUCUUCCAAAAGGCACUUUAAAACGCUAAUCCUCAUUUAUCUAUCAAGCGAAUAAAACCUCUUUUUUUGAGGAAACUAUCUAUUUAAGGAGAAAACCUUAUUACAAUCUUUAUGCUGAUAUCUUAAUUUUUCUAUCACCUGCAUGACGUUGAAUUUGUCUCCACAUUUAUUUAUUGCGUUGAAACUGAAACGUUCGACUCGGCGCAAGUUUUGAGAGGAUAACAGCCAUCUUCCAAAUACUUCAAACACUUAUCGUGCCGUUGAAAUUUUUCACCGUCUAAAAGGCAAGAUUUCCGCACAACCGCAUCCUGCAUCAUGCACUCAGUUCUUGGAUAGAGAAAACAAUGACAAGAACAAUACAUUGCCAUUGAGAAAACAGAUUUGUUUUACAGUAGUCUGGGGCUGUGCAGAAAUCUAACCGUCCAAAAUAUACUCUAUUUGUUUAAAAAACAGAAAGUGAGUUGGUGGGAGGAAAUAAUUUUGCUCGAAACAUGAUAGCCUUUCGUUGAAAAACAGAAGUCUACGUAUUACUUAUAAAAACCAAACUUUCUGUUCUCUAAUUUGGCAAGUGAUUGUCUCUUCAUCGAGAGGCGUUAUACAACCACAUCAAUGUUUUGCGACUCACUUCGUGAAGUGUAAACAAAUAAAAUUAUAAAUGAAAUAGCAACAGUAUAAUUUAAGAAUUUGACGGAGUCAUGCAUACAUUUUCGUAGCAUGACGCCUCAGGCAGAUUUGAUAAUCUCCACAACCGGAUUGAAGCCUAAAGCCUUUUUAUGUGAGUGCAAAGUGUCUUGCCUUGAACAUAUCACAUAAACCCCGACUAUAGUUCGAUUCCGGACCUUUCAGAUAGCAGGCGUUACGAUAUUAUCAGAGAUGAAAAUUGAUCUUUCUGUGUACUCUGUAAAUGUAAACAGAUCUGAUAACAGACCACGGAAAUGGCAAACCAGUACCAGCUUUUCAUGUGCUUGUUCUCCUACGUUCUAUUGACGAUAGCGAACAAAACUGAUCACGGUAACUCCAUGACCAAGAUUGACCUAUACAUCGGUGGCCUGUUUGGUGUCAACGUCAAAAAUGGCGGUUGGAGUACAGCUGGGGUCAUUCCAGCUUUGGAGAUGGCGUUAGAACAUGUGAACAGCGAUCCUGGCAUAUUGGUGAACUAUCAGUUGAAAUACGUGUGGAAUGAUUCCAGGGUAUGUUCUCAGUGCAGGAGUAGAGUUAUAAAACUGUUUAUUUUUUUUUUGAAAAGUAAACAGAUAAUUUCAGAAUCGAUUAAUGCAUCUUAUAGAAAGGAAAACAAGAUAAAAAGACGAAAGAAAGAAAGUAACGAAACAGAAAUGUUUUGGCUUCUCUCUGUUGUGUAAUUGCUACAUAUGAAUCUUAAAUUAGAGACUACCACUCUGGUUCGAUUCAGCGCACGGGGCGCUUCUUCAAGUUACUUUUUGUACCUCAAGAGAGGGCACUCAUUAGAAACUGGGCGCUUAUUAAGGACAGGGUGCUUGUUUGUUCAUUUGAAAAAAAAAAAAUUAAGUAGACUGGAAAACGGACAUUUUGUCUCUGAAUCUUCCUUGGCUAGACCGACCAGCCAAGCAAUCGCCUCAAAUUUUAAGACGAGAUCAUUCGUUUAAAGGAACUGUGCACUAACGUGGACAUAAAAGUUGAGAGACUGGCACGUAGACCGCUGUUUUUGUGAUAACGCCGGGUUGUGGCAUUUUGAAAUAACUUGCGCAUUUUGUACUAAAUAUUGCAGCAGUUUAUCAUGAAGGCGACCUACGCUUUUCGUAAUAAGGGCUGGAGCAUUUUGUAAUAAUCGUCUGUGUACACAAAUUUUAACAUCACCCGGUGAUGCGUCAAGUUGACACAAAUUUCAGUGAUAUCAACUUUGUCACAAAAACAUGCAAACAAAUAAGAAAAAAUGGUAUCACUGAAUCAGUGACGAGGCACAAAAUGGGUAGGUUAUUACAAAAUGCGUCGUUAUUACAAAUGCCGCGGAACACAUGGGUUUUCAUCACAUUUUUGUUUGAAGUUGGUUUUGCUUUCGUUAAGAUUAGAAAGCUAUAAGAAGAUUUGGAAUUCUAUUAGAAUUAUUUCAUUCAAUUGAUCAGUAAGUUUAAUUCAGAAAUUUGAUCCUUUUUCAAGUGCGAAAGUGGCGCCGGAAUUCGAGCGAUGCUGGGGUUAAUUAACACACAGCCUCACAAGAUUGUAUUCUUGGGUCCCGGAUGUUCGUUAGCGACCGAACCUAUUGCAGAGGCCGCGCUGUAUUGGCAAGCAGUGCAGGUGACUUACUGUCAUUUACAUAUUUAUGACGCUUUUUUUUAAGCAAAGUCAGGAACCAAAUAUUUUGCUCUAAGCUGAUGUAGACGGACCUGACUUGCUUAAUGAAAAAAAAUACGAUAAUAACAAUAUUAGUGACUAUUAUCAUUAUCAUCAUUAUUACUGCUAUUACUAUUAUUGACGACUUCUUUGCUAUAUAUACUUUGUUUGAUUGGUUUUGUUCUGUUUUGUUUUGUUUGUUUUUUAGAUUGGUUACAGCGCAUCAUCACCUCAGUUUUCAAACAAAGAGAAGUAUCCUUUAUACUUCAGAACCGCCACUUCUGAAACAAUGGAAAACCCAGCUAGAGUCGCGCUGUUAAAACAUUUUAAGUGGAAAAGAGUCGCCCUCCUUGUGGAAAACUUCGAUAUUUUUGCUACAGUAAGAAUUGCCGGAUUAUUAUAACUAUGCAUGAACAUGUCAGUUCAUCUCUGAAACGUGAUGGAGUUAAUAUUCCAACAAAAAGCUAAUACAAUUAAAUUAAAGUCACAAAUCUACAAUCAACAGACAAAAGUACGUCAUCUUUAAACAUGUGAUUCUCUUACCCGAUAGAACUCGCCAAACCCUUGCAUUAAAAUAUUAAUUUUUUAAUAGACAAAAGAACAUCUCAUUCCCAUGUUAGAGGAAUCAAACAUCACCGUUAUUGCGGCAGAAACCUUCAUAGAGGACCCGUCUUCAUCAGUCAAAAAUUUACUGAAGGUAAAGAGUAAAUCUAUACUUCACAUUUAAUUGUCUAUCUUUCAACUUGCUACUGUUAUACCCAAGUUCUUCAAACGCCGAAUAGCGCUAAGCCAGGGUAGGGCUUUAAUCCGGGAUUUUUUUUCCUUUAUUAAAAAACUUUAGUGGGAUAGUUUACUUUUUCUUUUUCGAACAUCCAAUUACCAAAUUGUGGACAAAAAAAAUUAUACUGAAUUUUCUUUUAAAGCUUUGAGAUCUGAUAUCAGAUUUCACACUAACCCUGCAUGAAUUAUCUGAAUCCAGGAUUAAACAACUCGGCUAUGUAGACCGGUUGUUCGAAAGGGGAUUAACGCAAAUGUAGGAUUAAAAGUUAACCCAGACUUUAAAUUCUCAAUUAGAAGAGCACGUACAAAGGCUAAGGUUUUGUUAUGUUUGGUCUCAACACGACUCGAAACUAACGGAAAAAGAAGCUAAAAACAAAAGAAAAAUCCCCUUGCAAAGCUAUAAAACUGAAUUAAAAUUUAUACAAACCCCUGGUUAGGUUCAUUGUGUUUGUACAACCCGACCCAGAUGAAAGUUCAUAGAGUAACAUUCGGUCAAUUGGACCGACUAGCCGCUAAACAUAAUUGAUCAGCGAGAUGAUGAAUUUUGAAAAUAUUACAUAGAAAGUAAUGGGAAUGAUGUUCCAUUAGUGAUCAAGUUAUUACUGGUAUCUAGGGGAAAGAUGCCAGAAUAAUCAUUGGAUUGAUGUACGAGGACAUGUUUAAAAAGGCUAUGUGCACUGUGAGUAUUGAAUUUGGCGAGAUUAAACAUUUUUCCAACUACCACUGACUACUGCUAACGUUCCUGCUGAUCCUAAGGCUCUCUACGUCCUUUUUGUGCCACGUAGUGGUCAAGGGUUAGUGUUGAAGCCUUGAAGUCCAGAACUGUCUGGCCAAACUGAUUUCACAAAUACAUAUUCCUCCUGAGCUCACCCACUCCCUCACUCCUUAUGAACUUAACAACCUGUCUUCUCUUGCUUGCACACAUCGAAGACAACAUCAAGGUGCAACUGUAAGGAGUAUGUGUGAACUUUUCCUUCUCUAGAAUUCGUUUAAAUUUUUGUGUAAGACAUGUCAAAACUAAUGGUAUAAUAGGUAUGCAGCCAACUCCUAAAUCUCAUAUGGAAGGAUUACCUGUUAUCCACAAUUGGCAAAAUAAAUAGACAGCUGCUUAAAAAAAUAACUUUCCGUAACAUUCAUUUGAAAUGAAUGCAUGAUAUUUUCUCACAGGCCUACAAGCAAGGGCUCUUUGGAAACAAGUAUGUUUGGAUAAUAGUUGGAUGGUACUUGGAGGACUGGUGGACAAAAACAGAUGAAGAGUGUACAGGAGAGAAUUUGCUUAAAGCUGCUAGUAACUUGAUAUUAACGUCUCCAUUACGUCUCAGUAAUUCACCACAACCCACAAUAUCGAAUAAGGUUAGAAAUGUUUAUGUUUCUUCUCAGGUCCAGUCUUGUCCAAAACAAUGUACUGCUGUUCUGUAUCAAAAACAAAAAGAUUUAGACACGCGGAUCUGAAAUGUUCUGAAUCCUACGUUGAACAUUUGUUAUUCCAAUAAAAAAGGCUUUGCUAUGAAGGAACAGCCAUGGCAGAGAUGUAAACUCACAGUAAUGACAAAUUAUCAUUUUUAGCAUGAAUGAAAUAAUGCAUCUUUGUCUUCUAUUAGUUCCAGCAUUAAGGAAAUACGUGCUGAUAAUUGAGCAAACGCCAAUAAUUCUUUCUUUAUCUCCUAUUUUCAGACAGCACAACAGCUCAAUUCAACUUACGAGGAAAGAUGUCGGCAUUCCAAUUUUACCUCUCAUGAGUACGCAGGUUUCACUUAUGACGCCGUAUGGACCAUCGCUCUUAUGUUGGACAAAUCCAUACCCCUACUUGGGGAAAAGAACAAAACUUUUGAAACCAUCAAAUACGGUGAUAAAGAAACAGCUGAGAUCAUGAAAGAUAUUCUGUUCCGGACAAACUUCACGGGAAUGUCGGUAGGGUAACCAAUUCUUCUUCCUCUUUGGACCUCAAAGUCUCUUUCCUUUUUCACCAAUGUUAAAAAAAGAGAAAGAAAGAAAAAGUGUAUCCAGCUACCGCUAAUUUUUCAAAUGCAGGUCAACAGUUUUAUGGGUUUUUACCAUGGUAUAGUGAAAUAAGUUUUGCUGUACCUUUUUAAGGGUCACGUGUCGUUUGAUCGAUAUGGAGAUAGGCAAACAGUUGUGCUAAUUACUCAGAAGACAGGUAAGAGGAAUUUUUGUUUGUUUGUUUGUUUCUGGAAGUUUCACCUCAUUGCAAGCUCCGGCCUAUAAAAUAAAACAAGUUCGCCUCCACCUUUACCAGCUCGCAGUUGAAAUUGUAUUAAUUGUAUACGGAAAAGCUAUGUAAAAAUCCGGCCUUAAAAAGAUUAUGAAUAGGACGAUAUGUAUGUUAUUCACACGCCGGGAGGUCCCCAUAGGGAAAAACUGAGCCCGAGGUCCAAAGUACCGCCCGAGGGCGUAAGCCGAGGGUGGUACUCAAUACAGAGGCAAGGAAGGUAGGGAUGUACUCAGCGACUCACGAAAGGAUUACCGUGCCCGUGGGCAGAGAUAGGAAAAUCCGAACCGUACUGAAUCAAUACCAAUCAGAUUGCAGGAUUCGUUACCAUGCCCUCUAAGAAAAAAAAUAAUCAUACUUAUUAGAACGUUUCGGUAUUUCUUCAGGAGACAGUAAGAGAUUGGUCGCUACAAUGGAUGUUCGUGAUGGGAAACUGCAACUAUAUGGUGUUGGUUUUGAAUGGGCAGGUGAGACAAGCAUGUAGUUCAAUGUACAUUUGAUUUUAUGCAUUUCAGAGAUUGGGAACUUCCUUCGUAUGAUGAACUCUGACGAUAGGUAAGAUACGAGGUUGAGCUUGUGAAUUUUAGCGGCCUACUUGAUUUUCAGGCUUUCACCGGUUUCUUUUAUAAAGGAGAUCAAAACUCUUCGGGAUAGCUUUUGAAAACAUAUCCUACAUCCAAAUAUAUUACAAGAGACUACUCUUUGCCAAUUAAGAUGUAUACAGAAACCCUUCAUCAUUUUUCUGGGUUAGAGGGGGAGAAUUCAGGUUUAGUCAAAUUGCGUUACGCUUCUCAAGAAUUUCAACCUCCAUUGUAAGUUUUUUUCCAAUGAAUAAAGCAUAAUAAUAGAAACAGACUCUCGCUUACACUGCCUCCUUCCACCAGUUAUCAUUGUGACACUUGUACUGCAGAUAGGCUCAUUUGAAAUCUCUUACAAAGUCUUCUCUGCCUUUUCACCCGCAGGUGGUCGUGUUCCAGUAGAUGGUGUAAAAAUCACUCAAAAGAUUUAUCAUGAGGGUAUAAAGACGACUGUUUCGUUCUACGUUUUGGCCUCAUCCGGUAUACUGCUUUGUUUGUUCUGUCUGCUGUUCAACUUCAAAUAUAGAAAUCACAGGUAAUUUGAAGCUCUAAGGACAUUAAGCGAAAUUCCCGCUAGCAUUUUGCACAAUUUGAGUUGGUUACCGAAACAAUGGCGUUCCCCCUUUAUAGUCCUGCUUCUAUCAAUUGGAACGCCAAGGGCGGGUUUUGAAUGAAACCACUGGCUUGGUCCUGAAGAGAAUUUGAACCAUUUUGCCUAAAAAUUCUAACAGUUUAAUCAACAUUAUCUCUUUUUCGAUGGGACCAUUUUCUGAAAGGAAUCGAAAACUGUGCUGCGCAUACUGAUCAUAGAAAAGUGAAGUGUCUCGAGCCACCUCAUAACAGCCUUUCAAGUAGAUUUUUGGUUUCCAUUUUUGUUAAGAGUAUGACUUAACAUGAAAUUAUUGUCAUUCAGUCUACUGUAAGAUGCAUGGACCAAUAUGUUACAGUUAAAUGCUACUUUAAAUUCUACAUUUAAAAUAUUGGCUAUUUGAAUCGAUUGAAACUGAGAGGUUGUAGAGGGAAAGGUAUUCAAACGUUUACCUCACAGGUAGAUGAAAUUCAUUUAAAAAGAUGAAAGUAUACACCCUAAUUUUGGUUUGGAAAGUCUGAAUAUGUUGAGUUUUGACUUUUUUCUUUCUGCAGUUUUAUAAGAAUGUCAUCUCCGAAUUUCAACAACAUUACUGUCAUUGGAUGUAUGUUGGCUUACUUGGAAGUAUUUUUAUCGGCCCACGGUAGUUCUGGUUCAGCGGAACACUUGAACCAUGCUUUCCUUUGCAAUGUAAGAAGUGUUUGUAGCAAGUCAAGAUUGAAAAACUCUUCUUUUUCUAAGAAAUUAUAUCUUCCCCUUGAGUUUUCUGUACCUUUGAUAGCCUAAUUAAAGGGAUUUUCCAGUAUUUACUCAAUAAGACUGUGUUUUAUGACACUAACUUAACUAAAAUAAUUGACGAUAAUAAGUUGAUAAAAUAAAUCUAGGUUUUUUAGAUACUUCAAGAGGAUUUGAAAUACAUGCUGUUUUCUUGGUUGUUUGAUGAUAUCCCUAAACAAUUUUAGUAAAUUUUAAUGAGAACUUGUAACCAAAUGCAAAGUAGCUGACGAUCUAAAGUUACAAGCAGUAUGAGAUGUGCCAUUUCUUAAAAGUAAUUACUUGUUGGCAUAGCUUGUCGUGUCUUGUUCCUGGUAGUAAUUUUUUAAAAAUAUUGUCGGAUAACGCUUUGCUUUUUUAAUCUUUAGGUUACUGCCUGGCUUCUGACCACCAGUUUUACCUUCGCCUUUGGUGGCAUUUUUGUUAAAACCUGGAGAGUUUACAAAAUAUUUACCAACUAUCAAUUGAAAAAGGAGGUGAGGAAAGGUUAUUCCUGUUUUGUAAUAAGGAUAGACUUGAAGCAGGCGUCAGCUAAUAUUUUUCUUUUAAAUUUUAAUUAGAUCCGCAAUUUGAGUAGUACUAGUCUACUCGCAGUACUGAUGGCCGGUUGGUUUAUAGACGUCAUCUUCCUGUCAACUUGGACAUCUAUUGACCCUUUGACGACGAAAUUCGUGAACAUUUUCAAAACGGUAAAUAUUUAACAACAGUAUUAGUGACACACUCGGCCGUGCCUCGUGUGCCACUUUUUUGUUCUUACCACAUUUUGACGUCAUCUGUGAUCUAUUACUGAACAGACGCACGGCAACUUAGAAUCUAUUUGUUUUGUAUAAUAAAGAAUAAAAAAAAGUUUUAAUGACGUCAUCUACACGUCUGUCCUCCAAUAGAUCAUAAGUGAGAAGUAAAUAUUAUAUAAAGUCUUAUUUUUCGCAAGAGUUGUCAUGGGUAUUGUUCACACAUGCGCUGUGAGAAGUAAUAUUGACGAAGAAGUGCAAUUCUGGAGUUUUUAUUAUGCACUAUCAUCUGGUUUCUGUUGCUGUUCAGUUUAAUUUGUUGUUUCUGGGAACAAAGUAAAGUAAAAAAUAUUUAUCGGUCUCCACUAGCACUCAAAUAUUUAUGUUGACUAACAGAAACUCAUAUUUGAACAUUUGUCACGAGACGAAAUUGUAUUAAAUUUGAACGCCAAAAGCGGCACAAAUGGUGCAGCUGAGUAUUUCCCUGAUGUUCUUACCAAUUUGACCUCUUGUGAUCUAGUACUGUACAGACCCACGACAAAAUGUAAUCUAUUUUUGAAUACGAUAAAAACGCAAAGUGUUAGAAAUUGUAACAUCAUUACGUGUUUGUCCCCCAAUAGAUUAUAAGACAGUACCUAUCAAAAACCGUGUAUCAUUUAGCUUAUUGAAUAAAUUGUGGUAAUCAAGACUUUUAUACGUUGUUACAGGUUGACAAUAAUGACCCUGACCUCGUGGAGGAACUGUUAACCCGUCAGUGUACUUCUCACCAUUAUAAUACCUGGGUGAUGUCUUUGUGCGGACUAAAAGGGAUACUGUUAAUUUUCGGGGUGUUUUUGGCCUGGGAAACCAGAAACGUGCAUUAUCCUUCGCUCAACGAUUCGAAGAGCAUUGGCUUAGCAGUGUACAACAUGUUCAUGUUUUCUUGCUUGGCGAUUGUGGUUGGGUUUGUGGUUUAUCCUCCCCUUGAGACUCUGGUUCAAAGAUCGAUCGUGUUCGUGGCAGCCACGUCGACAGUUGCCCUACUCUUUAUCCCAAAGGUA